UCUUUUGUUAUCAUUUCCUCGGACAAACUCCAAAAUUAUACACUCUCUACAUUCUUUACCUUCUUCCUCUUACAUCAACAACAACAACAACAAAAAAUUAUGAUGAUCGGAGAAACUCACCGUCAUCAUCAGAUUCAUGUUCCACCAUGGCAACAAGAAUCUCUUAAUCCUAAUCCGAGUAUUCAGUUUAGUACUUCUUCAACAUCGUCAUCUGUUUCGUCAUCUAUGUUAUCAUCAAGUAGUUGUACUGUUAAUAGUAAUAAUAAUCACCUACCAAACUCACCAACCUAUUACGACGCCGUAUUGGCGUCGCUCCGGAGAUAUUUGAUUCAUGAUUCUGGUGAGAAAGAAUCGUCUACUAAUAAUUCCGGUGAGUUGUUGGAUUUUCAUGUGGAAGAUUAUGAUGAUGAUUUCUUCAUGUAUGAUUUUAAGGUACGUAAGUGUACAAGAGCCCGGGCGCACGAUUGGACAGAGUGUCCAUUCGCGCACCCGGGUGAGAAAGCGAAAAGGAGGGACCCACAUAAGUAUGAUUAUUCGGGUACAGCAUGUUCUGAGUUUAGGAAAGGUGGGUGUAAGAAGGGUGAUUCUUGUGAGUUUGCUCAUGGUGUGUUUGAGUGUUGGUUGCACCCGGCCCGGUUCCGUACACAGGCUUGUAAGGACGGACCCGGGUGUAAACGCCGGGUCUGUUUCUUUGCACAUAGUCCUGAUCAGUUACGGAACGGGCCGGGGGUCGGUAGUCCGAGAGGUAGUGGACAGACUGGACACUACCUCUCGGGUACUGAGGAUGGAUCAGCGGUUGCAGUAGGUGUAGCUGGUAUUUCUGUCAUGAGCUCUCCUACUAGUACGAAUACUGUAGGAGAGCUUGUGGCGUCCCUCAGGAACCUGCAGCUUAACAAAGUUAAGUCUAUGCCGACUGCUGGCUCUGGUUCCUGGGGGCAUGUUGGUGGUGGCUCGCCAGUUUUUGGGUCCCCCAGAGGGGUUGUGGGGACCACGGCGAUGAGCCGGGCUGGGUUCUUUAGCUUGCCGACAACCCCGACCCGGCCUAGGGUCGGGUACUGGGAUAGCAAGGAGUUCAUUGACGAAGAAGAGGAGCCUAUGAUGGAAAGGGUUGAAUCAGGUAGGGAACUAAGGGCAAGAAUGUUUGAGAAAUUGAGUAAAGAAAACCCUCUUGACGGGUCGGGUAGCCCGCUUUCGAUUUCUACUCGUGGGCCGGGUCCUGAUUUUGGGUGGGUAUCCGAUCUGAUUGAGUAACAAUACAUAUUCCACCCUUCAGGUCGCAUUCCAAUCAAUUAUAAAAUGACACAUUAUCUCGCUGAUUUUUAAUUGGUUAGUUAUUUCUUAUAAACUUAUUUACUUCAAAAAAACCCUACAAAAUUUGAAUAUUACUACUAGAAGCAACUAAUAAUAGUGUUUAUUAUUAUUCUAUGGUAAAAAAUUCUGCUGACUGAGAAAAAACCAGAAAGAAAAUAUUGGAAGACAAUUGUUUUUUAGAACUUUGAAGAUAUUAUUACUAUUAAAAGGGAGGAGAAUAUUGUAAAUAAACUUUCCCAAAUAUGUGGGUGUGUUAAGGUAUCAAAAGUAUCCAACUUUAUCUCUAUUCAAAUAUUAUUUUUCUACUUGGGGGACAAGUUGGAAGGUCCUAGAUUGGGAAGGCAAAAAAAAGGAAGAUCAUAGUUGAUUUUGUAUAGCUGAAGCUAUAAAAAUUCACUACUUUUUGUAGCAAGAUGCUGAAGAAUGGAAAAGAAAAAGUGGGUUUAUCAUCAUAUGACUUCAAACAACAUUCUCAAUUUUUUUUAUUAAGCAUGUAUGAUUGUGAAGAAGCUGAAUUUUUAUUGUUGAAUAUUAUGAAGUUAAGUAUGAUUAUGACAAAUUAAUUAAGUAAGCUUUUUUUAGUUUGCUUUCUACUUUAGGGAUGUAAAUAUGUUAUUUAUAAUAUGUUGAUGUAUAAUUAAAAUGGUUUGUUACUUUUA